AUGAAAAUCACACAUACAACCUAUAACGAGGUCCGCGGCGGAGCAACUAGCCAAGCUCCCCCCCUAUCUCGCAGUCCCCAAUUCAUAACCACACCUACCGCAUUCCGAUUCGAUACCAGCACACCUCCGCGCUUCGGUACACCUACUCAUUCUCCUUCGCCGCCUCACAGUAACCCCUUGGUAUACACCACCCGUCGACUAAAACGGUAUUUGAAAACCUCCUUUCGGAACCGGACGCGACCUGUAAGUCGGCGACUUUCGCGAUCAAGACAGGGGACGAGUAUACGGUAUCCACCUGGGGAGAUGCAUCCACCGACCGUUCCGACACAGGUUGGGAAGUACCACAGCGGGAGUGUGCGCGGGAGUUUUUCAUCCAAGGGAGAGGAGAGGAUAGGAGGGGAAAGAGGAAGUCAGAGUUAUGAGAGGGGGUUGGAAACGCGAUAUAAACAUGCGAAGGGGAAGAAGCGAGCGAGUUAUUUGAAGCCGAGAGAGGAGGCGAGAUUACAUGAAACAGCAACGGGAUUGGAGAGGGAUUUUGGAAAAGGGUAUAAUGGGGGGAAUAGUCCUCCCAGCUCGUCGAGUUUGAACAUUCUGGCGGGGAAAAAUGAGAGGGAGGUGAGGAAUGGGAGUCCGCCGAAAUUUGUGCCGAGAGAAGAUGCAGCGGAGAGGAAUGGGAGGGGAGAGAAACAGGGAUUAACGUAUGGGGGAAUGACGCAGUUGGAUUCGGAGACUUACAUGAAACAGCAACGGGGAUUGGAAAGAGAUUUUGCGAAGGGCGUAGGGUAUGCUGAGAAUAGUCCUAGUCCUCCGCAUAGUCGUGCUGAAUCGCCGCACAUGGCGCUUCCGCGCGGAAAUGCAAAUCAUUCGCCGAUUCCGAUACCGAUUCCGCCGCCGGCGGGAUAUAAGUAUGAGAAUCGGACGGGAAAUACAAGCCAAAGGGAUAGUGUGAGGUUUUCGGAUGUGCAGUGGAGUAGUGUUGGGAGUGGGGGGAGUGCGACGGGGACAACGGGGACAACGGGCACGACGGAUAGUGGGAAUGUUGCGGAGAAUUCGAGGGGGAGAGGUGCGGGAAUGGCAACGGGGAAACAUAAGGCUGCGCCGGGACAAAGAUUAAGAAGGAAGGGGAAGUUGGAAGAGAGAGAUCAGAGUUCUGCGACUACGCCGGCUAGUUCUCGUUCGCAGACAAUCAGUAAAGAAGACGGGAUGACUGGUGAUGGGAAAGGACGCCAGGAAAUGCAUCAAGAUAGUGAGGAAGAAGUAACGAGCAUGGCACAAUUAGAAGCGAUGAGAGCGGCGAUGUGGAAGGGGAAAUUGGAAAGAGUAGUUCCGCCCAGUUCUGAAAUACCUAAACACGCGGAUUUGCUACAUCACUCGAAUCCGAGCUCGACGUCAAGUCGAGGGAGUAAGAAUAGUAAGAAUAGUAGAGGUAACGGAAAGGGGAAAAAUGUAGAGGGGAGAGCAAGUCCGAUUCAGAAAUUAAAAGGGUAUAUGGGACAGAGUCGCGAUGCUGUGCAUGAUUCUCAUGAGAAAAAGACGUCUUCGAAGGGAAAACUACCUAGUCCGUUUGAAUAUUUGUUGUAUCCGAGUUACGAGGGAAAGAAAAGUAAAAGAGAAAGCACAGAAUUGAGAAAAGGCUCAAAAUCAAAGUCAAAGGGAAAAUCUAAAGAAGAGGAAGAUAGCGACGAUGACUUCUGGGGGUGUGUUGGCGAAACGAACAAUGAGAGUGGGAUAUUGCUUUCUCACUCCCCUGCGCUCCCAUCAGAAAAGUCUCAUCAAAACUCCAUUCCGUCCGGAGCCGAACUCCCCAAGAAUCGCAAACCGAGCGAAGAUUCCUGGAACACGCAUUUAAACGAUCUCUGCAAACUUUGUCGGAAACACGAAUGGACCAGUUCUCGCGGUUUGUGUCAUUCCUGCGAGGAAAAUUUCCUCAACACGAAAGCGUGGGAAGAUACGACACUGCAAUUUGAUGACGAUGAUAUUCCUCCUACGCCGCCUCUGAAGGAUCGGAGAAACAUUACUAGGGUGCGCGAUAUGCUGGCUACGACGCCUCCAGACUAUGAUAUUGAGUAUCGACCGCCUGUUCCUGCGAAAGAUAUCCCUGGGGAAGAGAGGAAGAAGAUCUACGUAUCGAAAGUUGAGCAUAGUCGACCGCAGAUUGUGAAUCCGUCGCCGGUUAGACACGAGAGUCAGAUGUUGGUGUAUGGGGGGAUGGGUGAUAGUCCGAGGGAUAUCGAGAUAGGGUUUCCGGAGUGGCAGACGCAUAGUUUGCAGAUUGAGGGGGCGAAGACGGAGGAGAUGUUUAAGAGGUGGUCGCAGAGUUAUAGAGGGGAUGGGAUGGAGGAGAGGAGAGACGGAGAUGAGCGGGGAAAGGAGGAUGGAGAUGUGGAGGAGCCGAGGGAUAGCGUUUUUUAUGAUUUUUGGGGGGAUAUUUUGAAGGAUGAUGGAAGACCUGGAACAUCGGUAUCAGAGGAAAGGAAACCGAAACCUUGA